UCUCCCUUUCUUUCUUUCAGUCGGAGAAAUCACACAAACCCAACCACAAAACCCUAGCACUGUAAGCCUACACCACCGCCACAAGGAGGGGGCAUACUGCCGCCGUCCGUCGCACUCAAAGUUCGCCACCCGUCAUCUAGCUUCCCUCGUGCUCCAAGUUUUCAACCCCUGUUAGCUGUCACCGAUCGCGGUUGCUUCCUCGAGCUCGGCGUCCGUCGUCUUUGUCUGCUCAGCCGCGCUUCCGUCGCCGUUUGUUUGCCGUUCACGUUCGCGUCUUCGUUCGCGUUCUUCGCCGUUCGCGUUCGCUCGGCGUUCACCGUUCGCGUUCACUCGUUGUUCACCGUUCGAGUUCGCGUUCGUCUGGAAGCCACGUUGCUCUGCUUCAAACUCUGCGACCAACCCGCGUGCUCCACUCAGCCGUCGAACUGCUGUCUGUUGUCCCCGCCGUGAGUUCCCUAAACCCGCCACCAGACAAUACACUCACACAAUAGACAACACCAAUACUCUUCUUCAAACUCUGCAACUUCUUAUUUGAUUUGCACAAUUCACCAAAAUAACUGCGGGUUUGCGAUUCUGUUGUUGGGAGUUGAUCCGAAAAAUGGAAGUUUUGCUGCCAAAACUUCCAUCUUUCAAGUUCUCAAGCCCCAUUUGUUGCUGUUCAAUAAGCACUAGGAGCUCUUCUUAUGUGAAAUUCGGAUUCCGUCGAUUUUCUUCUCUAUCUGUUUGUGCAUCAACCAUUAAUGAAGCUGUAGCUGAACCAUCCCUUGGUUCCCCUUCUUUGGGGCACACCACAAGACCCCAUUUUCCUAUACUUCACCAGGAAGUAAAUGGCUCAAAACUUGUUUACUUAGACAAUGCAGCAACUUCUCAGAAGCCUACCGUUGUUUUGAAGACACUGCAAAGCUACUACGAAGCAUACAAUUCGAAUGUACAUCGGGGCAUACAUUUCUUGAGUGCAAAGGCCACGGAUCAGUAUGAAGCAGCUAGAAGGAAGGUUGCAAGUUUUAUAAAUGCUUCUGACUCCAGUGAAAUUGUAUUUACGAGAAAUGCUACUGAAGCUAUCAAUCUAGUGGCUUAUUCUUGGGGCUUGUCAAAUUUAAAGAGAGAUGAUGAGAUUAUACUUACGGUUGCUGAACAUCACAGUGCGAUUGUUCCUUGGCAACUACUAGCUCAAAAAGUUGGGGCUGUUUUGAAAUUUGUGAACUUAAACCAAUAUGAAAUUCCAGAUAUGGACAAAUUGAAAGAACUGCUGUCAAGGAAGACCAAGUUAGUUGUUGUCCAUCAUGUUUCAAAUGUGCUUGCUUCGGUACUUCCUGUUAGAGAUAUUGCUAACUGGGCUCAUGAUGUUGGAGCAAAAGUGCUUGUAGAUGCCUGUCAGAGUGUUCCACACAUGACAGUUGAUGUUCACAGCCUCAAUGUUGAUUUUCUUGUUGCUUCUUCUCACAAGAUGUGUGGGCCUACAGGUGUUGGAUUCUUAUAUGGUAAAAUAGACCUCUUGUCGUCCAUGCCUCCCUUUUUAGGUGGUGGUGAAAUGAUUUCAGAUGUAUUUCUUGAUCACUCAACUUAUGCUGAACCUCCAUCCAGAUUUGAGGCCGGAACACCAGCAAUUGGGGAAGCAAUUGGUUUAGGAGCAGCAAUUGAUUACUUAUCUGGGAUUGGUAUGCAAACCAUACAUGAUUAUGAGGUGGAGCUGGGAAGAUAUCUUUAUGAAAGGCUCCUUUCAAUCCCAAAUAUUCGCAUCUAUGGGCCGGCACCUUCAGAAAAAAUUAAACGAGCUGCACUUUGUUCUUUCAAUGUUGAAAAUAUUCACGCAACCGAUCUUGCAACAUUUCUUGAUCAACAGCAUGGAGUGGCUAUCAGAUCGGGUCACCAUUGCACCCAACCCCUCCAUCGGUACUUGGGAGUCAAUGCAAGUGCACGUGCAAGUCUCUAUUUCUAUAACACUAAGGAGGAUGUUGACAAUUUUAUCCAGGCCCUCAAUGACACAGUCAACUUCUUCAGUUCAUUCAAGUAAUCAGAAUGUAUUGUUAUGUAAAUCAAUUUUUCUUUUUGUAUGUCAUCUCACUGUUAGGUCAAUUGGUAGGGACGUGCUAUCUCAAUGUUCUUGAAUUAAAUUCCUUCUAAUGAUCUUAGUGGUGGAGGCGUCUUGUAAAUUUUGGGUUUCAUUGUCUAAAUUGUGGAACACCAUAUCAUCAACCUCCUAAACUUGUAUGUAUAAUGAAAUUGAUGCUGAAUUUCAGUAUCGAAACAAAAGAAUGAUGCUUAGGCAUUGUUUUAUACCUAGUCAAUAUUUAAAAUCAA